ACGCGCCGUCCCUGUGCGCAGGCGCAGUCGAUGAUCCACGCUCCGCAAUGCCGGGGCGGCACGUCUCCCAAGUCCGGGCCUUGUAUAAGCUCAUCUUGCAGCUGCACCGGGUUCUGCCCCCGGACCUCAAAGCCCUGGGGGACCAGUACGUGAAGGAUGAAUUUAGGAGACAUAAGGCCGUUGGUUCUGACGAGGCCCAGCGUUUCUUGCAGGAAUGGGAGAUGUAUGCAGCAGUGUUAUGGCAACAAACUAAUGAAAACAGACAAAAUUCACCUGAGAAAGCAUGUUUUGGCAUCUCCCUCGCAGAAGAAAAACUUAAUGACUUUCGUGAUGAACAGAUUGGACAGUUGCAGGAGCUGAUGCGGGAAGCUACUAAACCCAAUAGGCAAUUUAGCAUUCCUGAGUCUACAAAACCAAAGUUUUAGUCUCUGUAAGAAUAAAGAUUAACAAAAUGUAUAAAAUUCAGAACCCCCUCCUUUUAAACUGUCAUUGGUUUUUAAAAUUUAUUAUUUGAGCUUUGAGAAUGCCUGAU